AUGUAUUCAACAGGCCCCCAACAACGUAAUCGACAACGACGUCAGCCGUACUCGUCAUCUUCUCGUGGAUCCAUCUACUACACUCCUACCACAGGUCACAACAGGCGCAGCGCCCCGGUAUCUACAACAACCCCCUCGUUUCCCAGUCCCUUGAUAGGACCUCGUCAACGCCGUCCACACUCGAUUCACAUUUCAGCAUAUCCUCCCGGUUUCAUUCCGCACGAGCUACGACCUGACCCGCUUGCCGAAAAGGACCGGAAGCGAAAGGAGCAGAAGGACAAGAAGGCCAGGAAGAGGGCGGAGAAGAAGCAAAACAAGCGUCGGAAACUUGAGGAGAAAGCUCGCCGAAGAAGAUCCGAGCAGCUUCCACCCGUUCGUUUACUACCCCCGGCCGGGGAAGCGGUCCACAAAGUCAUAGACAAGAUCUUGUCUGUCUUCUCCAUUAAAGCAAAGAAACCCCCGAAAUCAGCUACGCUGGCGUCCCAGGCUACCGACACCGCCCCCAGGACGAGGAGACCGAGGACGUCGAGUUUAAUCGGUCACUUUCGCAGAUCCAAGUACGAGACAACAGUGGGCCCGGAGCUCACAGUCGACCAGUCCGCCAUGACUGCCGUCGCCUCUAUACCCGCAUCUCCCAUGGUGCUACCCAACAACCGGAGUAGCGUGGUGUCUGCUUGCACUUGCAAGUCGGCGAUUUCAUCAGUUACCGAACUUCAGAAGCCCGUUGCGUCCGGAAGCGGUGUAACAUGUUCAAUAGUGUUGGCGGAACCAAAUGUCUUCUUGACUGGGUUCGACCACAAUGACCGUGCCCGGGAAGAAAGUCACGGCGCAUCCGCUUUGCUCCGCGGAAAGCUCCAGCUGAACGUGUCAAAGAACGUUAAGCUCAAAUCUGUGACAUUGAAGCUCAUAGGCAAAGCGAGGACGGAAUGGCCAGAAGGAAUUCCACCCAACAAAACAGAAACACAUGAGGAGCAAGUUUUGCGAACACAGUCCUUAGUCUUCUUCCAAGCCAUCCACGGCGGACGGUGGGAGACGGAAUAUGGAAACCAGUGCACAUACUCACUCAAGGGAAGUGGGUGCAGCCACAACCCUCGGGGUUCUCUGUCAUCCAACAUCUCCAAUGGCUCCUUCUCCCACCUCACCGGAAAGCGACACUCAACCAGCCUGACUGCCAAGGAGCUCAAGAGGCUCUCGCUUCAGUCUGUCAACUCUCGGAGCUUUGGUAAAGGCGACUCUCCCUUCGCAAGCCAGAUCCAUGCAAAGGGGUACAAGGUGUUCCAGGCUGGUACAUACGAGUACACGUUUGAGCUGCCCAUCGACCAUCAUCAGUUGGAGACCACCAAGCUGCAGUACGGAUCCGUCAAGUGGGAGUUGGAAGCAACGGUAGAACGUGCGGGCGCCUUCAAGCCCAAUCUUCACGGCACCAAGGAGGUGUCCAUCGUUCGGUUGCCGGAUUCCAUGUCGCUUGAAAUGUCAGAACCCAUCUCCAUCAGCAGGCAAUGGGAAGAUCAGCUGCAUUACGACAUCAUGAUCUCUGGCAAGAGCUUUCCCAUUGGCGCCAAGAUCCCUAUUGCCUUUAAGCUCACCCCGCUGGCCAAGGUUCAAGUACACAAGCUUAAGGUGUUUGUGACGGAGAGCGUUGAGUAUUGGACCAACGACAGGCACGUAACCCGAAAGGAUGCUGGAAGAAAGAUCUUAUUGCUCGAAAAAACUGCUGGGAAACCCCUUGAUAAGCAGUUUGAGACCAGCGACUUCCGCAUUCUGAGCGGUGGUGAACUAAGCCCUGAGCAACGUGAAGAGGGCAGGCGGUCCGCGGCAGCGCGAAGGAUGGUGCAAGCAGCCAGGACAAACGCGCCAUCGCCGCCAUUGCCGAACCCGACUGAGAACUUACUGGGCGAUCUGGAUCUUGGCUUGGAAACCUUCUGGGGCAGUACCGAGCUUGAGAUGAAUGUGCAAAUUCCGACAUGCGCCAUGAUGAGCCGGGAUAAGAACCUUCGGCUUCACCCAGACUGCAGUUGGAAGAAUGUCAAUGUAUUUCACUGGAUCAAGAUUGUCAUGAGGAUAUCUCGACUGGAUCCUGAAGACCCCUUGGGCAAGCGUAGACGCCAUUUCGAAAUUAGCAUCGACAGCCCGUUUACUGUACUGAACUGCCGUGCGACGCAGGCGAAUACCGCGCUUCCUCAAUAUGGUCUAGAUGGCCCCAUGGCUUUCGAGCGUCAACAGACAUCCUGCGGUUGUCCUGAUGCCGAUGUUCUGGACAGGGGCGCAUCGAGCUCGUUUGGACAGCUGCAACUCGUGGAGCAGGAUGUCCUGAGCCCUAGUGGCAGCCGACUGGGCCUCAACAGGCUCAGCGCAUCGGUCUUACCCUCGGUCCCUCAAGCCGCUCACGUCCAUGAUUCACUGGCACCUGGUGGCUUGCCUGUUAACCGAGCCCGGGGUCACACGCUACCGAGCCCUCUCCAACGGCCCAUCCACCUUAUCCGCUGCCCAUCAUACAACCCACCGGCAUUUGAUGCUGACGAGCCCCCGCCGCCGCUCCAAGCCGAUUUGAUGACGCCGCCGCCCCAAUACGAUGCCAUCAUUGGUACGCCCAGUGUUGACGGCCUAGCAGACUAUUUUGCCAGGCUCGCAGACUAUGAGGAUACCGGACGACCAAAGAUGGGUGACCGAAGCGGCAGCCAGGAGAGUGUUGCUACAUUGAGAGGCAUCCCUAGGCCGACCAGCAGAGACGAAGGCUUCUUUGCUUCUAAUCAAGUGGUAACUGGCUCUGACUUGCCAGCUAACAAGGACUACGACGAUGACUCGUCAAGUAGCGCGGACGAAGAAGAGGGACCGGCAAGGCCGCAUCGUGGUGGCCGAGUCAACGUUGCCAACCCAAGGACACCAGGUGGCAGGCUCAUUCCGAGUAGGAGCUUGGAGAUUGAGCGCCCUGUGAUGCGACUCGACAUGGGCUCUUUGACUGCUAGGAGGAGAGGACUAUGA